AUGAAGUUCUCCAUCCAGUCUCUCCUCGGCGCCUCAGCCCUGCUGGCCUCUGCUGCUGAUGCCCAGCAGCUCGCCUUCCCUGGAGCCGAGGGUUUCGGCCGAUUCGCUACCGGUGGUCGCACUGGUAGCGUCUACAAGGUGACCAACCUGAAUGACUCGGGUGCCGGAUCCCUUCGUGAUGCCGUCUCAAAGCCCAACCGCAUCGUUGUGUUCGAUGUGGGUGGCGUCAUCGACAUCGACACUCGCAUUGUUGUGUCCGCCAACGUCUACAUCGCUGGCCAGACCGCACCAGGUGACGGUAUCACCGUCUACGGCAACGGCUUCUCCUGGUCAAACGCACACAAUGCCAUCACCAGGUACAUCCGCAUCCGCAUGGGCCGCGGCGGCGACAGCGGCAAGGACGCCGUCACCAUCGCCGAAGGCCGGAACAUGAUCUUCGACCACGUGUCCGUCUCCUGGGGCCGUGACGAAAACUUCUCCGUCAGCGGCAGCGCUGUCAACAUUACCGAGUCUAUCGAACACGUCGCCGCCCGAGCCGGCGCGUCACUUCGCCGUGACGCCGUCGACAAGCUCCUUGUUAGCGAGCUGCGCAGCUACGGCAAGUCGGGAAAGCUCAUCUCCGACGAGGCCGAGAUUGGCGGUGUCGGAGAGGUUGCCGGUGGAACGGCGCCUGUGGAUACCGAUGGUGACGGUAUUCCCGAUGCGUGGGAGAGGGCGAAUGGGCUGAAUCCCAAUGACGCCAAGGACGCCUUUGCCAUCGGAGCUGGCGGCUGGACAAACCUGGAGAACUACGUCAACUCGCUGGUGCCCGGAACGUAUGCGUAG